AUGAACCAAGAAUUCCGGGAUAAUCCGUCGUUCAAGGCCUGGGGUCCCUUCAUCUCACCAAACUACCAUAAUGAGCCCAUCACAAGAUCCGACAUUAUCAUCGCGUCCACAGUAUGGGCGCUCACGUUGGUCAACAUCAUCAUCGCCUUUUUCUUGGCUGUCAGACAAACCAAGGAAUCGCGAGCCCCCCUCAGGAGUAUAUACAUUUGGAUGAUAUGGAUGGAAAUGGCCGUCUGUUUUGUCAUGGGACUCGAAUGCUAUCUGCAUCUGCUCAAGUUCAUCAGUCCAAGUUUCGCCUUUUACUUCACCAUCCUGUUCUGGUGGUGUAUUCAGGUCCAAUUGCUGCUGCAAAUCAUCAUCAACCGUAUUCGUGUCAUCGUACCCGAUCGCAACCGUGGACGAUGGAUCAUGAUCGCAACAGCUACAUUCGUCACAGCAAUCAACAUCAGUGUGUUUAACAUCUGGAUUCCAGCCCGGUUACAGGUCAACUCUACAUAUCACAUUGCCAACGAAUACUGGGAUCGUAUCGAAAAGGGUCUCUACCUGCUUGUCGACGCCAUACUCAACUGGUUCUUCUUGAAGACUGUCAAGGAAAACCUCAUCAAGAACGGUCUCACCAAAUACAACUCACUCGUGCGCUUCAACCAGAAAAUCGUCAUUGUUUCACUGCUCAUGGACGUCAUGAUUAUCGGCGCCAUGUCCAUCCCCAACUCCUUUGUCUAUAUUCAAUUCCAUCCGCUCGCCUACAUGGUCAAACUCAACAUCGAAAUGACAAUGGCCAACCUCAUCAAGCGCAUUGCAAUCUCCACCUCGCGCAAGACCGGCAUGCACUCUAUGGCACAAGAAUUCCGCUCCUCGUCCGAACUGUCCACCGGCCACCACACUGGCAGCGCAUACCACCGCACGCAGCGCGCCUCAGUUCACGAGCUCUCCAGCUUCGUCAGCUGCGACGCCGACACCAAAGCCGGCGACCGCGACCGCAUCGUCAGCUUCGCACCCGUCGGCAACCAGAUCAAGAAGACGCGCGAAGUUAUCAUCCGCAGCGAAGUCAAUCCGUACUUUCAGAAAGACGGCACCGAAGUCGAAAUCACUAGCGGCAGCGGCGCACUGCAUCAUCGCACUAAAUCCGGUAGUGGCGUCGUGGUCGAGGAGCGCGUCAUUGCGCGCCGCAAGAGCAUGGAGAGCAUAGCCGAGGGCAACGAGAGCAUGAAGAGCAUGAAGAGCACCGAUGCAAAUAGCAAGAAGCCUGAUGAUAGUGACGAUGAGACUGCGCUGGUGGGGAAUAAAGCGUGGUGGCCUCGCGCGGAAGAGUAA